AGUAGACAGUAAAACAUUGCAAGAGUGAAUAAUUCCACAAAACGGCAUACAAGGCUUUGAAAAUGUUUUUAUUGAAUUCCUAAUUUCUUUGCUACUCAUAGAGUGCUGACUAUACAUACACAGCAACGAGCAGAGAGAGAUCUUGCAAUUGCUCGGCUUGAGCAGAGCAGGAUAUUACUAGCAAUGAGAUUGGCUGAACACCACGGCAAGAACUAUGGAGUCUUAGAGGAAGCUCUUCAAUUUGUUGGAAGCAUUAAAACCACCUCGCAUUACGUUUCACCUGAUCACCUCUACGAUUCCUCUCCAAACCCAGACGGAGCAAACUCUACUCCUGGUGGAAUAAAGUCAAACUUUGUGAUCAACGCCUUUGCCUCAACUUUCGGGUUUGCAAAAAGAGCACUUGGAUUCAACCAUGUGAAAGGUGUACUUGGAAACGCUGCUAUAUUCGCCAUUAGCAUGGUCGCUAUGCUACAUCUUCACCAAGUGGCUACUAGUGAACAUCAUCUACAGAAGAAAGAAGACAGAUUCUACAGAAGCCAACAGAGGAAAACAUACGGAAGAGAUAAGUCUUCAGGUGACAGAAGUUUGGACCACUUGGACGUGAUGAUGGCUCGUGGUUAAGACCAGGGAUCAAACUUGUCUACACGUGUUGAUACUCGGAUGCAUUUUGAUAAAAGACAUAACGAGAAAAACUAUGAAGAGAAGAGAUAAUUGUUGCUCUCAUAUGAUCUUCUAGGUUUCGAUACUAUCAGUAAAAGGAUAAGAAUUUG